ACUAAAGAAAGAGAGCCAUUAAGGCAAAAUCCCCUUUAUGGUUACCUUGUAAGCUCUUCAUCUUGUCCUCUCUCUCUCUCUCAGCAGAAACCCUGCCUUGGGCUGUCUGAAAAUGGCCAAGGCGGUGGUUUACACGCUCCUGUUUGCCGUUUUCGUCGUCUUUGUUAUCUUCUCCCCGAUGAAGCAACGCCCGAGUCAGUCCAUCGAAGGUCUAAUCAGCCGCCGUCUUGGCCAUAAGUUCCACCCUCCUGCCUUUGAUCCUCUGGUAACGCGGAUAGAGAGGAUGUCUUGGGAAAAAGAAGCAUCUCCGAGCAAUGGCACCAUCCAUGUGGAUGCCGCAGCUAGGGUUUCUGCCGAGGAAGAUAUGUUUGAAGAGUAUUUUGCCGAGGAGGGAAAGGUAAACACGACGAUGAGGAUCAAGUUCUUGUUUCCAUUGUUAGACGCAGCGCCAAGAGACGGGUUUGUGAGCUUGAAAGAGCUUCAGACAUGGAUGAUGCAACAGACAGAAGACAACAUGGGUUACAGAACAGCCAAAGAACUCGACUUGCGCGAUAAAGACAGAGACGGAUCCAUAAGUUUCGAAGAGUAUUUGCCUCAGUUCUCGAAAGAAGAUAUCGAGAGGAACGAGAAGGGUCACGGAGAAGCUGGUUGGUGGAAGGAUCAGUUCAAGAAUGCAGAUUUCGAUCACAAUGGAUCUCUCGACAUAGAGGAAUUCAACAAUUUCUUACACCCGGAAGAUAGCAGAAACGGAGAUAUCCAGAGAUGGGUUCUGAAAGAGCGGAUAACGGGAAUGGACAAGAGCGGUGAUGGUAAGCUGGACUAUAAGGAGUUUCUGGAGAGCGCGUACGAAAUGUACAGGGAGUUUGCAAAGUUCGAGACAGAGACAGAGGAUGAUCAUGUUCCGACAGCACAACUCCUGUUUGCAGAGCUCGACAAGGACAAGGACAGGUUCCUCGUAGCCGAUGAACUCAGACCCAUCGUCCGAUAUCUUCAACCCGGUGAAAUGAGUUACGCUAAAUACUACUCUUCGUUUCUCUUCCACGAGGCUGAUGAUGAUAAAGAUGGUAAACUUUCGUUGGAUGAGAUGUUGAACCACGAAGAUGUGUUUUACAAAGCUGUUCAUCAGGACGAUGACGAUGACGACGACGAGGAAGACGAUGAUCAUGACGAACUCUAGAUUUCGAACUAUGGAGUUUGAUUAUUUUUUUUGGAGAUACAAAAAAAAAAACAAGUGUUUGUAGCUAUAGAUAUGUAAUGGUUACUACUACAAUUCAUCCUUGGCUUACAUUCGUUUC